ACACCGCUCUUUCGCAAUAAAACACCAAUUCAAAAAUCGGUUUUCCGCUCUCUGUGGCAUCAAUUUUUAAGUUGUCAAAAGUCUGAAGUUAUCGAGCCGGAGAAGUGUACGGAAGAAAGUUGUGACCGAUCGAAUUUAUCUCCUCGGAAUCGUGUGCCGCGAUCUUCAGUUCCCGGAACUAGUUGUCGGUUUCGCCGCGCGCGGAUCGCAGAAAAUAGUGCAUUCAGAGUUCCUCGGUACCCGGUAGCUUGUGAGAAGGAAUCCCGGAACCGGAAGUCAGCUACGGUUUGGCCAGUGCGUAGAACAAGAAGAAACUGAAGUGUUUUCACCCCACCCUUUCGUAGCCCCCAUUUGGAGGAAAGCUCCCCAUUUUGGGAAAAUUUGCUCACCGCAACAGUGGUUGAACUUUUUCCGCCCUGCAUCCACAACGGAAGCCCCUAAAGACCGGAAGUUCCAUUUCGCUUCUUUUCUGUUCUUCUGCAAAACCGGAGAGUGUUACCGUCAUUUCCUACCGAAAGGAGGAAAACCCCACAUUCAAGAAAAAGAAAAACAACGAGCAAGUGCGUCGAGCCCAGCCCUGUUUCCUGUCAUCCGUCAUCCAGCCAACCACAGCAGCAGCAGCAGCCCCAAGCCAGAUAGUCUCAUCGCAUACAAUUAUCGGACAAGGUUUCAAAAGUCACAUAGAGAAUCCGGGCUUUUGCCGCUAACUUUCAUUCAAAUCCUAAAAGAAACGUUUUGUGAAACGUUACCGUAAAGCAAUAUAAGGAGGAACGUUCUGUUUUAACACGGUGCAUACGUAACGGAUUUAGCGUGAUUCGGAACUGGUUCCAGCAAAAUAAUAAUAUAGGUUAAAAUAUCAUCAAUAAUCUUUAAUCACAAAACCAGAAACGAAAGUUCGACUAUCGUCGAUUGAAAACGCAAUCCAUUGCAUUUGACACAGAAUCGAAAUCAGCGCAAAGGGAAUCUCAAAUUAGCUAAUUUUGACGUAGUUUCUAAGCUCGCGAAACAUAAACAUUUUUGGACGUAAACAUUCAAACAUACACUUUCAUCGUAAUUAUUAGCGGAAAUUACUUUCUCGAACCCAUUGAAAUUGUCAAUCGAGCAUGCGAUUUUUGUAAGAAGUCAAAUCAAACAACAAUCUCUAGGCAAAUAUUUAACCCGAACUUAGUCAAAUUUAAACGCAACCAAAUUUCUUCGUAGAGGAAGCAAAAAUCAGUACUUCUAAAGGUUAGACUUUUUACAUGCGAGCAUUACGAGAACAUAAAUAACACGCACAUACCAAUUAAUAAGAACGGAUCCCGCGCGAAGCAAGAAAACUGCAGGAGAUAACAAAAAGAAGGUAAACGAAUCAUCGCGUUAGAUCUUCCUUGAACUCUGACAAAGACAACAAGUACUGCGCAAAAGUGUAAACAGAGCAGCCGAAACAACAGGGAUAAACAACAGGAAAACAGGAGAAGGAAACAGGAAAACAUCAACUACGAACUUACUACCCUUAGCCGAUUGUGAAUUAGCAGAAAAAUAUCGGGGAGCCGGAAGACGAGAGGCAACAACUUUUGCAUCAACGGAAACGUGCAAAAUUCUAGUGAAAUAUCGUUAUAAUUGCCUAUAAGAGAAAAGAAAGUUAUUCUACUAAUCGGACACCGAUCGGAUAAUCAAAAUUUGUUACAACACACCCACUGACUCACACGUACUGCUACUAGCUGCUACUACAACUGAAUAAGCGGAAGAAGAAGAAAAUCAAUCAAAAUUCCGCUCAUACUAGAAAGACCCAUGUCCUCAGCCAGCAUGGAUGAGUUUUCUCUUGCAUUUGAUGAUAAUCGGCAGAGUGCGACGACGGCAGCGGCGCUGCUCCCGCCAGGCACUACAACCCUGGCCCAGUUGACGUCCCACUUUGAGGAUCUCCAGAUGAACAGUCCCGGCGGCGGUGGAGGAGGAGGCGGCGGCGGUGGCGGCGGUGGUGGUGGUCCACUUAACAUGACCGGUGUCGGUGGCGGGGCCGGUGACAACCAUUCCGGUGGCAGUGCCGUCGACGAACUGAUUCAGCAAAACUCCAAGGUGUUCGAUACAUUCGUAGCGAUGAUCAACGGACUGGCGCCCAAGGUCGAGGAACGACCGGUUAAGUACAAGUCACACACGGAAUGCGUCCCGGUGCCGUCGUCGGAGCAUGUGGCGGAAAUCGUCGGCCGACAGGGUUGCAAGAUCAAGGCACUGAGGGCGAAGACUAACACAUUCAUCAAGACUCCGAUCAGAGGCGAAGAACCGAUCUUUGUGAUCACCGGCACGAAGGAGGAUGUUACGAGAGCGAAGCAGGAGAUUCUGUCGGCGGCGGAUCACUUCAGCACGUUGCGGUCGUCGAAGAAGCAAGCGAUGGCCCUGCUGGCCGAAAGUCGGAAUAUGCUGGGGUACAGCACGCCCGAUGAGAUUACGAUUCAGAUCCGGGUACCGCAGAAGGUUGUUGGGUUGGUGGUGGGACCCAAGGGAGCGACCAUCAAAAACAUUCAGCUCAAGACCAAUACGUACAUCAUAACGCCGAAACGGAACCAGGAAUCGGUAUUCGAGAUUACGGGACUGCCAACGAAUGUCCACACGGCGCGGCAGCUGAUCGAGGAACACAUUGCAACCCGGGCCGGUACGUCGGCCACCAGUUCCAGUUCUAGUUCGAGCUCAAGCAGCUCCAGCAGUUCCAGUUCGAGUAGUUCGAGCAGCUCGAGCAGUGGGGGCAGCACUGCCAACACUUCCCCACAGAGCACACUGACCAACGGACAUCACGAUAUGCUACACCACGGCGUUGGAGGCGGAGUCAACGGACUGCAUGGACUGCACGGGCUACAAGGGCAUCAGGACUUCGACACGAACCAGUUCAUCAUCGACAACCUGCUGGAGUACUUCAACAACAUGAGCACGGCGUACAACUCGCCGACCAACACGGCGGGACCCACCCUGAACGGUCUCGUCAACCAUCAUCACCUAUCGGGUGGGGGCAAUGGGGGUAUCAACAAUGGCGUCGGCGGAAAUGCCGGCGGCAUCGGGGGUCUCGGUGGCAAUGGAAACGGUGUCGGCAAUGUAAACAUGGGCGGCGGAAUCGAGAGCGUACCGGACUUCCGCAACAUCUGGGAGAACCUGAGCGAAAGCCAGGGCUCCGGUGCCGGCACGGAUACGGACAACUCGUCGCUCAUCUGGACCCUACCGUCGUCGUCGCGCAACUCCGUGUCCUACUCGCCGGAUGAUUUCAUCUUUCAGCGAUAAGACGGUGUGAGCGAGUGAGGCGGCGCGCGCGCGCCUGCGCGGAGAUGCUACUACUGAGCUUUGUUUAUUUUUAUUGCUAUUAUUGAUAUAUAAGAUCUAUGGUCGGAUUUAUUUUUUUUUUAAUGCUCGGUAGUGAACAGCACGUGUUGUUUUAUUCUGGAUUAGUUAUUUUUUUUUUUGGUGAAUUAUUACUUUGAUACGUAUCUAUUUGAUGAAUACAAUUAAGAGGAAAGGUAACGGUUGCAGCGCAAAUGCGAAGAUACGGCCAGUUCCCGGAGUUAGCGAGGAAUGGUGAAGAGAACAAAAAAAAAAAAAAAGGAAGAAGAUAUCGGGAGGACUAACCGAAUGAUAUGGAUUGUAGGUGAACAGCAGAUAAUGUAAUAGAUGUACAGAGGUUCUUAACAAUCAUAUAACGAAAGAUGCAACUAUAGAUGUAUAAAGCGAACGAUUGAAAAACAGGUAAAAUUAUUGUGGUUUUAAAAUUUGGAAUCAGCACAAGAAAAACGAAAGUAACUUCGAUGCGGGAAAAUGUGACGUGAAGCAGUGUUGCCAGUUGUGCUAGGACUGAUUUUCAACUCUCCCACUCAGGACCUCAGAGGCUGCAACUAUUUCGUCUGGUGGCGGUUUAAUUUUGGAUUGGAACAACGUUUUUUGAAAAGCAUUUUGGAGUUUUUAUGCAGUUUUGCCGACGUAGAUGCCAGCUUUGCUUUUUCGUUGCUACUUUUGCGUUUCAAAGUGUUUUGUGGGUUUGAGUUUGGACGCGAUUUAAGACUUAUUCGGAGUGGCGAUUCAACCAAGAAAACCGUGAAAAAAUCUGAUUUUUUAUUCACCAGGAAAAAAAUGGGAGAAGGUCGAUCAACAAAUUCUGGAACUGCUCACAUUCCUCUCAGUCUAAGGUGAUUCUCAGGUAUCCGAGCUGUCCCUGACCCUGGUAGAGACCCUUUCAGAAAUUCCAAUAUAUACACAGGUCUAGCAACUCUUCGAUUGGUUAUGAUUGCCCAACGAGUUUCGCAAUAAGCUUUCGUGUUGGAUUAGAAUCUCCGCGUAAUUUGUUUUGGGGUCCUAAAAAGCCCUUCAUCUACCUUUCGGUCAAAUCUUCAAGUCCGUGAAAUUCAACAUUGGAUUACACCUGAGGUUAUGUAGAAACCGUUCAUGCUAUUGUAGAGAACCCUUAGCACAAGUCUCGAAUUUUGUAUCGGACUUUUUGGCUCCUUGUGCACCCCCAAGAACCGACCUGCUCCAACAUGUUGUAAAACUGUGGGUCGACAGAUCAAAACUGAUCCUGUAUUGUUUUACCAAAGUGUUGUAGAUGGUCUAUGAGAUCGGCUAUAAAUUCAAUACACACUUACAGUUAGGGUUAUUUUACGAACAUAAUUUUUGAGGACAACUCUUGAUGAACAUUUCAAAUGGUCCUAUCUGCUUUAAUCGAUUCUCUUCAUCGACUUUCUCUUUCGUUAAUAACUCAGCUGCAAAACCUUUCCCUGUUGUAUUUGACGUUUUGGACGCUAGAUAAGAACCUCCUUUAUCAAACUAUGUGGUAGAAUUAGCGCGAAAU